GCUGUGUUACACAUUGCAUAUGCUGUUGUUUUGUUUGUAAGUGUGUUAUGCAAAUAAAAAAAUACCUUUUUUGCUUCAAAAAAAAAAAAAAUUAUCGUACCCACAGCAGCCGCCAUGGAUACAAGCCGCGUGCAGCCCAUCAAACUGGCCCGGGUCACCAAGGUGCUGGGCCGGACGGGCUCGCAGGGCCAGUGCACCCAGGUUCAUGUUGAAUUCAUGGACGACACCAGUAGAUCCAUCAUCCGAAACGUAAAGGGGCCUGUCCGUGAGGGGGAUGUUUUGAUGCUGCUGGAGUCUGAGCGUGAAGCAAGGCAAUUACGCUGAUCUAUGCUGCAGCUGGUUGGCAAGCCUGAUGUGACUACCAUUUCCAACUUCCUGUAAUGAAGAAGCGACAGUUCAUACCUACUCCGCUUGAUUUAGUGAAGAGGAAUGUUGUGU